UACAUUUUCAUUUUAAGGUGAACUAAUUCUUUAAAAAUCUUUUAUGGCUCAUAAAUAUUUAAUUUAGUCUCCUGGAAUCUUGUGUGAUCUUUAGCUAUUUCUCUGUAUUUGCUGAAUUUAUGGUUGAUAUUAGGGUCUCUGUUUUCAGUCUGAACGCUGAGGAGCCGUUCUGUCGUAUCUGUCAUGAAGGCAGCGGCGCGGGUGAUCUGUUAUCUCCCUGUGAGUGUGCCGGCUCUCUGGCGAUGGUGCACCGUGUUUGUCUGGAGCGAUGGCUCACGGCCUCCAGCACUAGCUACUGUGAGCUCUGCCACUUUGAGUUCGCUUUGGAGAUACUUCCCAAACCGCUCACCGAGUGGUUCACCACACCUUCCAUGCAGCAGCAGAGACGGACGCUGUGUGGGGAUGCCAUCUGUUUCCUGUUCAUCACACCCUUAGCGGGUCUGUCAGGCUGGCUGUGUGUACAGGGAGCCAUGGAUCUGUACUACAGCAAUGGCAUGGAGGCCGUGGGACUCAUUGUCCUCACACUGACACUCUUCACUAUUUACCUCUUCUGGACUGUUGUAAGUUCACUCUUGUUUUCAGUGUAGCAAAAUGAAAGUGCAAUGACAUUUUACACCUGCAGUGUUUCUGACUGGUGCAGCAUAAGAAACUACUCUGUUUUAGAAAAAAAAAAAAAAAAUCACACAUUAAUUAGAUUUAUGUCACCUGGGAUGAUACAGUGAAAACUGAAUAAAGAAAAAUUUCAUCAAAUUUGUAAAAGAGUGAAAAAGUCAAAUGGUGAUAAAAUGGUUCUAACUUUUCCACAUGAACUUUCUUUUAUCAA